CAAGACGCGACUACCCAUGAACCACCACCAAUACCAUCAAUAAUAUCUGUGCAGCAUGUAGCAACAUCACCCGACAGUGGCAUUAGGCACCACAGCGGCCAAUCGAAUGGCAACCUAGGAUUACAUGUAUCUAGUUUAAGUGAAGCUAAUUUAAAUACUACUACACAUAGCAGCUCUAGCGAUAAGUGGAUAAACUUUGAGGUCGACUACGACGACGACGAAAUGAUGCAGAACGAUGCACCGGCCGCGGCACCACUGGCCGUGGUGCCGGUCGAGCCACGCGCGGCCGAAACACUGGCGGGUGGUUCCGCCGCCGCUGCCGGCACAGCGGGCGGCGACGACUUCCAUCGCGUUAUGCACCAGCUGGAGGAGCUGAAGGAGAAGCCUCUGUUCAGUGAGGAUGAGCUCGAGGAGGCCACCGAGGAGGACGAUCUGUUCGACGACGAAGACUACGACCUGGAGGAGGUCAUACGUCGGCAUAAGCAGCGGUUGGAGGAAAGCCGUCGGAAGGCCGGAUUCGUCGAUGAUGACGAUGACGACUACUACGACGACUACAGUGCCGAAGAUGAUGAGGAUGAGCAGCAGCGGAGAAAACAGGCGAAACAGCCGCUCGCCGCUGGUGCUCCCGAUGGGUCCACGCCGAGCGGAGGUACCGACAGUGUGAUGCAGGACUAUCUGAGUAACAUCAAGAGCAAAUCGGCACCCCAUCGGUUCAAGUCGAAGUUUGACGACUUUACCGAUGGCGACGAUGCGGACACACUGUCCGGUAUCAGCAGCAGCCGGAAGCUGCGCAAGAAUGAUUCCAUCAAAAUCAUCUCCACGCCCAACGGGAAGGUGGGUAUCGUGUACAAGGUGGAGCCGAAGGCAACCGAGGACGACGCAUCCAGGAAGGGGGCGUCCGAGGGCGGCAGUGCUGGUGCGGGGCCGAGCGGGGCGACUGGCGAGCAGCGACAAAACAAGAUCACGCCGGUCAUCACGGCCGACGGUAAGGUCGCGUUGCUGUACCGGGGAGCGUCCGACAACGGGGACACGUUCCGGAACAAGUACGAGCCGAUCACGGCCAAGGACAUACUACAGUUGAUCGACAAUAAUAAUAAUAACAAUAGUAACGGCGGGGCGGCGGCGCCAGCGGCCGGCAUCAGCUCGCCCGCUAGCGGGGCGGGCAUCCCAAGCAACACUAACAGCAGUAUUAAAAAUAUUACCAAUAAUAAUAUUUAUAAUAGUCAUAAUAAUUACGGUAAUAGUUAUGAUAGUUUUAAUAGAAACGUCAACAAUGUGAUCGUCGAUUCGCAUCCACCGGAAACGGGCGAUGACUCGCGGGAAAACAGUGCGGCCAGCGGUGGGGCGAGUCGCUUCGAUCCGGCACCGACGGCAGCCGCGUACCCCUGGGUCACCACUACUACGCCAAUGCCCCGCAAGAGUGCGGGCAACGUACACCACGUCGCUUCGGCCGGCAUCUCCUCAACCGUCGGCCCCCAUCACGUCCCAGCCGGCAGGAUGGAAGGUACGCUGAUGCCGACCACACCCAGUGCGUACCAACCGUACGAGCGGCAGGAAAACUCGCUGCUCAUCAAUCGCCCGCUCUCGGAGGUGCUGGGCAUUCGCAAGAACCAGUACAUGGAAACGAACACGAUCAAAAUACCAAAUAGCGAAACAUCCACGAACAAGAUGCGCAUCGGCAACAACAACAAUCUGCUGUCCUCGCUGCUGCACAACCUGCAGCAGGGCCUGACGAACGGAACUUCGGCCAUCCACUCGGACCACCAGCACCACGGUCGACCAUCGACCGAUGACGAUCAGCACCGGCGCGCCGGGUACAGCGUGAACGGGUUCAGCCGAUCGCGGUUCUACAUCAACCGGCGUACGACACCCGCCCUGCCACCGCGCAUCAUCAAGGAGGAAAGCGAGGAGGACACGUUCAUCGGUGACGGGGACGACAACUCGCUGCCGGAGGUGAUCAACCUGGCGAUCAUACCCGCGUUCGAGCACGAGAUCGACGAGAAGUACAUCCGGCCGCACCAUGGCGAUCUGCACCGGCGCCACCGGCAUCAGUACAACGUGGCACCGGGCCAGCCGGCGGUCCACUGUGCGAUGCAGGCGCUCGUGGCCUGCGCCGUGCUGGCGACCUUCUUCGGCAUCGUCGGCACGUACUUCAAGUCGCGCGUCGUCGAUCACAUCCGGGUGCUGUACUGGUAGGAUUUGUGCGGUAUUCGAUCGGUGCCGUUGGAGCAUCAGAACUAUCAGAACUACUACUACCGGCUGUAUCGGAAGCUGGUGCAACGAUAACCGGUGUAGCUCUGGCUCCGUUUCUGAUCGAUCGAAUACCACGCUCAACUGCCGUUUUGCCGCUCGCUAAGGCGUUGUUAGUAAUGGCGUAUUUAACGAUAGACGAUUUCUGAUAGUUGAGUUCCUGGGACUGCACAUCGGUCUCGGGUUCAUCUGGUUUUUUUUACAAUAUUAUGCUUGCAAACACACACCAACCCAUAUCUAUGUUUCUCUGAUUGGAAAGAUCGUUUCUAAGAACGCCAUUCAACAUAGUUUCCUACGAACUACUACGAGCUUAGGAUUUGAAACUACUGUUAGCAGCGACGCGACACAGUGACUCACGCUGUGGACGCGUGAGUAUAAUCCCAUGUAGAGAGAGAGAGAAUGUAAGAGUAUCCUUCAGUGUGUCUUUGAAUGUGAAACUGAAAGCAAACUGUCCCUGUGUCUGAACCCUUUUGUCCUUACUGCUAAAUGGUCUGUCCGUAACGGCGUAUGUCCUGAGCCGUAGUGCCGUUCUCAGCAAAACUAGUAACCAACAGAAUUAACCACCUGUAUGUGUCGUCUUCGCCGUCAAUGAUGUCUCAUGUACGUGUUUCGGUGUUAAUGCUAGAUCGAGAACAAACGACGAACUGAAAGGAUGAUGAUAUUCGCGGGGACAGGGGCCCUUCUCUCUCUCUUCUGUGGUUUUCUUUCUACGCCCGCAGCAGCCAGUGUAAAGCGACGCCAUAUAUAAACUGUAACAUAUGUUUUGUGAGCCUAGAGUAUAGUAUGCAUUUUUGUAUUGAAGAGUGUCGUUGGUAGCGAAUCUGUUCAAACUCUGUAUCCUAUCGUGAAAAUGCAAAUCGAGUUUAAGGCCUUUAAUGAAAGGAGCAAUCGAACGGAUGGCCAUUGUAAAAAGAAAGGUUAAACACACACACGCAGACACACACAUCAAUCAAUGCAACACAGUGCAAAGCUAACAUUACACAUUCAUUCAUUCUGAUCGUUUAGAUCACUAGGCUGACUAGUUAAGAAAAAUACAAUGCAAUCUAGCAUCUUCUCUCCUUCCCGCAAACAUGUAAAAGGGUUCGUAAAGAAGGAAACUAAAACAAAAACGAACCAAGAAAAGCGUAAAAAACGAAAGGAAAUGAAACAAACAAACAAACAAAAAUGGGUAGUCGCGCAAUUAAAAAACAAAAACAUUUUCAAAAAUAAAUAAUACGACCAAUGGUAAAAGAAAACGAUUUUCCUCUACGCUAAAAAAAAGUAUCGAAAACACGUGAAUCGUUUGCAAAGGGAAAGGAAGAGAAGAGACGCGUUUAAACAGCAUGGCAAAAGAAUUGCAAUCCAAACCAAGAGGCAGUACAAGCGUGGUAAGCCACGUUUUGCUUGUGAAAUCAUUCAAACACUUCGGCUAAUGCACUUGGGGCCGGAUGCAUUGUCGAGUGCAUUGUUAAAGUGUAUAAGUUUAAUUAUAGGAAACAGUGUGUCUGUGUGACUGUGUGGAAACUGCGGAAUGAUGAUUUCAAAAUCACAAAACUCUCAACUAACGGCUAUCGCAACAGCUACCAAUAAGCAUAAUGGAACGAAGAAUGUUGGAAGGUGAAGAGACGAAGAAGCGAAGUUGAAAAUGCCUUUUUAGUAUGAAAAAAAAACAAAACGAAAAACAAAAUGAAACAUAACAAAUCCUACUGGACAAAUCCGUUUGGCAGAAUAACUUGCGGACAGCACGAAUUAAGGGUAUGAAAACAUGGUAGAGACAAUUGAAAAAAGAAAAGAAAAGAAUGCAACUCGGCAAAAGAAUUUAAGAAUGCAAUCUGCUGCUGAAACAUUAUCUGAUAACGAAAGUAAGCUAACAUUUUUUCUAACAAACUCAACCAGGACCGGCCAAUAUUUCACUCUAAACUAGAAUAGAACAACAAACAAACGCAAACAACAGGCUAAACGUGUGUAUGUGUAUGUGUACACCAAAAAAACAGCAGCAACAAAAAAACAUGUGCAAACAACAGAAGUUAAGCGAUGCGCGAUACGUUUUGCUCUGCUCUUUUGUAAAACGAAAAAUCAUUUAAAGGAUUGAUGCAACCCUCGAAUAACCAAACACAGUGUAACGAAGCAAAUGUGUAAGCAGAUUUGUAGCUAAAGCAUUACUUAUCUGUUGAUGGAGAUUUUUAUUUUUAGCAGAACAUUAUUUAUUAAUUGAUCAAUUAUAUGGUCUCCAUUUCUUUCCCAUUUGUAGUGUGCCCCUUUUGUUUGUAGAUGUCCUUUUUUUCAACGAGUUUCCUCUUAUUAGUAUUCUCAUUUUUUACUAUCACCGACACUAUGCACUAUCAAAGCGCUUUGUUUCCUCAACAACUCAUGUCAAGGUAUUUAGAUUCAGUUAUAAAAAAGCUCAACCUUCUUUGAAGUACAACAUAAGAACUGGCUGAUGCUUUCAAAUCUUCAACCAGCAGGAGCACUGUAGUGCCAAUCCAGGCCAUUUUUAUUUCUAUUAUUGUCAACGUUUCAACGUGUAUAAUCUCUAUCUAUCCUGUUGUACUCACCAUGUGUAUCCACUCUCUCUUUCCACCUUUUUCUCGCUAGUGUCCAUCGGUAUUAUAAUAUCGGUCGUUUCGUGCUUUUAUUGUCCAAUUUCGCUAUGCAUUUAUCAUUUCCUCACUUUGCAAACAAACAAACAAACAAACAAAACCGCAAAAUAGCUGUAAUAUGUGUGAUGAUUUAAACCUUCAGUAUGUAAGCAUUAUAUUAUUGUUUUUAUCUUUCUAUACUUAUACUAAAAAAGCCACAAUGUGUUUAUGUUUUCGCGUAUGUUUUUUCGUAUCAUUUCGUACCAAUUAUACUAUCGGUAUUCGGUCCUCGUACAGUGACAAAAUUGCAAGUUUCAAUCUUUACGCGCUCAGUGCGAGAGUUGUGUUGCUUUAUUUGCAAAGGGGAAAAUAUUGAAACGAAAUUAAAAUUUAUGUUAACCUGCAUUGUUACAAAGUUAUAAUGAAGUAAGUAAACUUUUAAUUUAAAAAAAAUCAACAGAAAAAAGUAUAUACUUGUGUAUUAUAGAUAUAGCAGCUAAAUAUAUUGUCUUUUUACAAAAAGAA